UCACCUUUUCUUUUACUUCUCUCUCUGUACCACCCUCUUUCCUUAAACAUGAACUUUAGCCAUCCCUAUAACUUGUAGGACUCGCCAAACCUCUAUUGGCUUCCAACCUUCCUACAUGUGCUUUUGCCUUUCUUCUCUCUCUUUCUCUUGCAUAGGUAUUUUUGAUCAAUGACUAGUUUAUCUUAUAUAUUUGCAGAAGAAAACGCACAACUUAUGAGUUUUUCUGUAGCUGGUUCAAGUGGAUGAUCCAGCCUCUAAUUUUCAGUUGAUGGAAAAUUAACCUUCACUCAGAGAUGUGGCGGACUGCUGGGUUCAAGGUAGAUGCAGAUAUUUAACAGAGCAAUGUGUUUUUGCUGAAAACUAGUGCCAACAGAAGAAUACUACCUUGGUAAUUUUGUACAAUACAUAAGCACCUUUUAUAUUAUGAAAACUUUACUACCAAUGAGGCAUUCAUGUUAAUAUAAAGUAUCCUUUCUUGACCAAGUUCCCAGCAUCGUUUUUCCUUGUUUGGUUGCCAGUGAAUGCUAUAUGGACGGAGCAGAUAAGAUUUCUCAAAUACUUUCAUAUUCAUUUACAGCCAUGGAUGUUAUAGAAGUUGGUUUUUAUGCGAUUGCAUUGAUCCUCAGUGAUGGAUUGAUUAUGGUUUUAAUUUGUAUUUUUUAUGUCGAUAUACUCUUUUGAUUACCGUGUGACUGUGUUAUGGUUUCAAAAAUUCUACUAACACCAAUAGUUGUGGUGAAGCAACAGUGCUUUGUGAUGAGGCUAUCUACGCAAUACCAACUAUCAGAUUUUCCAAUCCAUUCAAUUUUGUAAAUCUUAAAAGAGGCAGUCAUAUAGAAUCCAUGCUCAAGCUUUUGACUCUGAAGGCUCUGCAGGGAUGAGAGCAUUUAAGGUAAAGACCAAUAUAGAAGUCAACGGACAGAGGGGAGAUGGAGGAGUCAAGGACCACGGAGUUAAUGAUUUCAUGGCUUGGAAGAAUCCAACACAAGGGGCAUCAUACCCUGCAAGUCUUGGUGAAGCGGAAAGAAGUAAGGAAGAGAACCAACUCCUUAAUACCAGUGACACCUUUUUAGCAUCUGAUGCGCCAGAGCUGGUUGUAUUUAUUCAAGAGAGUGAUUAUCAGUCUGUCAAGGAUAUUUUCAUAGAUAGGGAAGUUACUUCACGGAGUCGAUUGAACUACAAAGAUAUCUCUUCCAAGUUUCACACGGAUGUCAAUGGUGACGGUGAAGAACCCAGAAAAACUCUCAGGUUAACGUCAUCCAUUUCCAAUGAGAUUGAACAGGACUUCCAGAAUUAUGUAAGGAAACAGCAUGCUCUCAAUACUUUAAUGAAGGAUGGUGAAGAAGAAUCUGAUGGAAGAGAUGAUCGUUUACCUUAUAAGUCCACUGAGAAGAUGAUUCCUGAGAUGCAGCACGUGAAAGAGGUUCAAAUUGAAGAUGUCGUUUCAUUGAACCCUGUGGAACCAUCUGCAACUGAAUCAAUUGAAGACAAUAGAUAUUUAAAUGAGGUCUCUUCCAAUAGUGGAGUGGAGAGUGGAAGCACCAUCAAUCUUUCUGAUUCAUCCUUAACCACCAUGAGUAGCCUUGAGGAAUUUUUAGAAGGUCCAGAGUGUCAACAGCCUUAUAACACUAAGCGCUUAUCCAGGACUGAAGAUAGGACGUCAAGAAGUCUAACAGGUCCAAGUCAAAGCUUUGUUAAUCAACUUGCUCAUGGAGAUUGUGGUUCCUUUGCACUUGGUCCUCUUUCAGGCCCAAUAACAUAUUCAGGACCAAUACCAUGUUCUGGUAGCAUUUCUCUGCGGUCAACUAGUAGCACUGCCAGCUCUAAUUCUUUUGCUUUUCCCAUAUUGCCAUCAGAAUGGAGUGGCAGCCCGGUAAGAAUGGUGGAAGCUGACCAGAGACAGCCGAGGAAGCAGCAAAGUUGGAGAACCUGUUUUCUCUGCUGAUUCCAAAAAUCAUGCUUAUGGGUUCAUGGUGUAAUGUAAAUGAUAAACCUAGCAACGAUGCUUGUCAUACGAUUUUUUGCCUUUGGAAGUCUUAGGAAUGUGUGCUUUUCAUAUUCAUACCUUCCAGCAUUCUCAGUGAGCAAGUUGUGAAGUUUGUUGGUUGCGAAACAAUUAGACAGAAAUUUGGCUCCAGCCAGUCAAUAAUUUAGACAAAGCCUUCUCAAAUUCCCUUUUUUGCUUUCCAAAGAUGUAAUAAUCUUAGGUUAUAAUUCUUUCAGUUGACAAUAAAUGCUUUUGAAUCAUUGGUGAGUUGAUAUACAGUCAAUGACUGAUAGAAGGUUGGCUCUAUUUUUGUCA